UUUGUUAUUCAUCCCACCAUGAGUAUAAUUCAAAGGAGCUCACUUUUAUCGCAAGGCGCGGAAUACUCCACAGACUUUGAACCCACAUCGAGAAUAGGAUCAACUAUUCAAUCAAAAGAAGUGCCUGAAGAGACCUUAGUGCCAACAGAAAAUGAUAAAGAUUUGACCAAAGAACUGGUAAGACAGCAAAAAAGAACAAAAGCCAAAGGAACUUCAAAAACUCUGGCUGCAAAUAAGCCACGUAAAGUGGCCAAAAAGCCACAAAAGGAGGUUUCAUCCCAAGCCAUUCUACGACCGAUCGAAAGGAAAGAGAACACUUUGGCAAGCUCUAAAGAAACGUCACGGAGAUUAAGUCAAAAAUUUUCUUUCCGUGAUGGUUUCUCUAGAAACUACCUUUUCGACUCUCCUGCAAAUCGGUCUAGUGCAAUGUCUACGGAAUCGAACACCUCCGUUUUAUCCAGAACUUCCACAAGUUCGCGAAGAUCCAGAGGCAGGGGUAGCAGGAAUAGGCCACCAAUGAACAAAGCUGGACUCUGGGGUCGUUAUAAAAUAUAUGUUUUGAAACCUAAGAAGCCAAAAGUAGCUGAGAUAGUACAGGAGACCCAGACAGAUUCCUAUAAUGUGCAGAUACGGAUCGUCGAGUCAAUAGAAUCCUUACCCUCAAUACAUCACCAUCAACACAACAUUUCGGAUUCUGAUUCAAAAAAAGCGUUAACUAGUAUUCCUUCGGAUUCUAAUACUGAAACAGAGUCUACUUUAUCGGAAUAUGAAAGUGACCUUAAUGAACCGGAUAAUGAGGAACAAUCUGAAAGACUUAAGUUUUUGGAAAUAUUUGGUAGUCUACCUGAUAUUGACAACCUCUCUGCUACUGAAAGUGCUGCGAAUAUAGAGCUGACCAAAGAGAAGGAAAGGACCAAGAAAAGGAAAGAGAAGGAAUUAUCUGCGGCCGUCAAGAAAGAAGAAGAUCACAGAGAAUCGGACUCAUUCGUGGAUCUCCAAGUGGAUGAGUCCACCGAAAAUCUUGACCACAAAACACACAGCAUAGAGAUCAGUAGCGAAUCUGUAUCCGAAGCCGAUGAGCAAGUUUAUAAUGAGAUUGAGCCAAAAGAAAGGCCACAUAAGGAUAUAAGUGAACAUUUGUUUAGCCUCCGGAUCAGUUCAACGGUCUUCGACGAUUCCUCAUCGGGUUCGUUCAAUGAGAUUCAUAUGGCCACAGUAGCGAUGGUUGAGCAGUUCCUCACCGGAUUAAUAAACGAAGUGGUUGAGCAUGAAGAAAGAACUUCCGUUCGUUUGAGACGACAGCUGGACAAAGAAAAAAUGUUAGACGAACUGAGUCAGCUGGUCAUCGACUACCAAUAUGAAAUACAACGCAACCAGGCGCUCGAGAGGAUCGCCACAGAUUACUAUGUGAGGCGCAAGGAGUUUUCCAUGGUCAGCGAGGACAAGCAAAUCGACACGAUUAACCGCGAAAGGCUGAUGUCUGCUCUGGUAGAACUGGAUAAUCGCUUGGAGCAAAUUAAGCUGACUCAAAAGUUAAGUGUUAAGCAAAGAAGCGAGCUGUUCGAGGAGGAGGCAGCAGCCCGCGCUCAGGACGCCCAGAUAUUAGCCAAAUUCGAAGCGGUAGUCAGGGAAACACUUUGCAGGGAGGGAUUUGAUCGCGUGACGAUUGUGGUGAAUGAGCUUCUCAAAAAAAUGAACAAGACCCGCGAUGAAACUUCCGACGUUCGAGUGGAAUUGCUUUAUGUUCAGCACCGGUUGCAGGCCUUGAAAUUCAAAUUGGAAAAAUUGGAAAAUCUGGGCAAUGGCCUCCGUGUGCUCGAAUAUAUUUCUAAUCAUGCUGGGAAUAACGCUCUGCGGCUUAAAAAUAAAGAAAAGGACAUAGAACUUAAGCGAUUUCGCGACCGCAAGACCUAUGAUCUCCAUGCGAUGGCACACUUGAAGAACAAGAUGAAAAUGAACGAGGACCUGCUUGAAAACAUGAAGUCAAAGCUAAAUACGCAGCUGCAGCUGAAAAAGGACCUCAGGGCUCGACACUACCGGGAAAUGGUUAAGCACGAGUGGGUGAAGAAAAAGAUACUCAAGCUAAAGAAAGCCGGCUGCUUGAUGCAUUAUCCGGAUUUGCUGCUGGACUACGAUGCAACCGUGGAUCAUGUGAGCAGCAAGCGAUUGGUAGUCAGCAAGCUACGCCUGGAACACAUUCGCCUGGAGGAGAAGAUCUCAGAGGUGGACACCCAUAUCCAAGUCCUGAAAUCGUCACUCAGGGCGAAGCUGAGCUUGGCCUCCGUCUCCCUAAACCGGCUAAGCAACAAGAGCCUCUUCAGAAUAAGAAGGUAGCACUCUCUAGAUGGGUAGAUGUUUCUAUAUUUUUUUAUAGCCAUUAUAACACAUAGGAUAGGUGACAAUAAAUGUGCCUAGCGGCACAUAUC